AUGCGAGAACGGGAGAUCACGAUGCGAGAACGGGAGAUCACGAUGCGAGAACGGGAGAUCGCGAUGCGAGAACGGGAGAUCACGAUGCGAGAACGCGAAAUUGGUAUCAUUUUCUCUCAUGGAAACGACUUAAUAACGAAAAUCGAAGGGAACCAGAAGUUUCGAAUGGGCGGUACAGUCUGUAAGGAUGUGCGCACCGGGGAGCGGAUAUUGUUUCUGGGGAUACCGGAAGCGGGGAAGACGACGGCGCUGUACUUCCUGAAGAUGCAGGAAGUGGUUACCACCAUCCCCACCCACGGUUACAACAGCGAGGUGGUCGAGAUAUACGGCAAGAGCCGGGAGAUCUGGGAUAUCGGCGGGCUUGUAGAACGGCGGGACGACUUCCUGUUCUGUCUCCAAGAGGUGGCGCUCGUUGUCUUCUUUAUUGACUGCAGCGACAGCGAGCGGAAAUACGCCUUGGCACUAAAAAAACUUGAGCUAGCACUGUGCGAGGACGAGCUCCUGAAAUGUCCGGUUGCCAUAGUGGCCAACAAGCAGGACCUGUCCACCAACAUAACGGUAGAGCGACUCUACGCCGAUCUAAGCGGACAGGAAUACCUUCAAAAACGAUUCUGGAAAGUGCACCCGUGCAGCUUUGCAACGGGCGAUGGUGUACCGCUGCUGUUGCGAUGGGUUGACAAAUAUUUCGGCAAAGAGAAGAAGCUGAAGACCGAGGAGCAGCCGAAGCCCCGACGCCGGCGCCGGCGGCGCGUCGCUCACAGCUCGUUCAAGGCGUCGUCAACGCAACGGCAGUUGACUUUUAUGUCGGUGAGAGAUCAAGGUGACGUCGGCAAUGGGGACGCGGGAAUGGUGAACCAUUUUCUGGGCAACGAUGAUGCCUUAUGAUAAUGUCUAGAAAUGCUUUAGAUUGGGCAGAUCAACGACAAUUUCCAAACAAAAGAAAUGAAUUACUAGUAAACCAUUAUUUGUAAACGGUUUACAAAUACAUGUAUCUAUCAAAAAUACCUAGGGGAUGAACGUGAUAGAUCCACUAUCAGGUGUUAUCGAGGUUUUGAUAUAUAGCUUAUUAGAUAUGGUGGACUAUAGUUCGCGGAUUUGAAAUAACCGGCAGGUUUUUAUAUUGAGUGAGUGUUAAAUAGUCGAAUACAGUGAAC